AAUGGGCUCUGUGUAAAUAUUUUGACCGACGGAAAAGAUUUCUGUACGCGUCGCCGCCUUCUAAACCGUCGCCGUCGCCGUCGCCAUAAGAAAGUUUCACAUAUAUAAACGAAAUUUCCCUUGCGGAUUAUUCAGCAAACCAUUCGAAGGAAUCACAAGCCAGCAUGGAGAACGGAGAUAUCCCAGAGAACGCCAAUGAACAUUGCCCAGGUCCUCAAUCGGAAACUGCUGGAAAGUCAGAUUCUUGCGCGGGUUGCCCUAAUCAGGAAGUAUGCGCCACUGCUCCUAAGGGACCUGACCCAGAUUUGGUUGCAAUAGCGGAGAGGAUGAGCACUGUUAAACACAAGAUCCUGGUUUUAUCUGGCAAAGGCGGGGUUGGUAAGAGCACUUUCUCAGCUCAGCUCUCGUUUGCCCUUGCGGGGAUGGACCAUCAAGUAGGCCUGAUGGACAUAGACAUAUGCGGCCCAAGCAUGCCGAAAAUGUUAGGCCUUGAAGGGCACGAGAUUCACCAGAGCAACCUCGGAUGGUCCCCUGUCUAUGUGGAAGACAACCUCGGUGUAAUGUCCAUAGGCUUCAUGCUCCCCAACGCUGAUGACGCUGUGGUCUGGAGAGGUCCACGCAAGAACGCUCUCAUCAAACAGUUCUUGAAAGACGUCUACUGGGGAGAGAUCGAUUACCUCGUGGUCGACGCCCCACCAGGAACUUCGGAUGAGCACAUCUCCAUCGUCCAGUACCUUCAAGAGACGGGGAUCGACGGCGCAAUCAUCGUCACGACCCCACAGGAAGUCUCGUUGAUCGAUGUGAGGAAAGAAGUGAGCUUCUGCAAGAAAGUUGGAGUCCCGAUUCUAGGAGUGGUGGAGAACAUGAGCGGUUUGUCUCAACCUUUGACGGAUGUCAAGUUCAUGAAGGUGGUGAAAGAGAGUGGCUCCUCCAUUGACGUGACAAAAGAGGUAAUCUCUUGCCUAAGAGAGAACGCACCGGAGCUUUUCAACGUCGUGGUAUGCAGCGAGGUGUUUGACAGCAGCGGAGGCGGCGCAGAGAGAAUGUGUCGGGAAAUGGGAGUGCCGUUUCUUGGGAAAGUUCCUUUGGAUCCACAGCUUUGCAAAGCAGCAGAGCAAGGUAAGUCGUGCUUUGAGGAUAACAGGUGUUCCGUUAGCGCACCUGCGCUUAAGAGCAUCAUACAGAAAGUCGUUGCUGCGAUGCCGAUGAUGACCGAGUGAAGAUGAAGAUGGAAGAUGAUGAAACCCCACUUAAAUCCCUCUGUUCUGAUCUGUGGGAAGAUAAUGCGAGAGAGCUUUAUCCCUUUCUUUUUGGGUUGUUUGUGUAGUAAGUUGUAGACAGUGUUUUCACAUGUUUAAUAAGAUUUUUAUCAUUGAGAUUGAACGAUAAAGUCUUAUCGAGUCUGAUCCGAAAAUCCAACUCAUUAACUAUAUAAAUUUAUACAAUGUCGAA